AUGGGAUUAUUUGGCCCCCUGAGCACCACUUCCUCCAAGUUUUGUCCUGGCACAGAGAACAAGUUGAGCACUCUAUCCGACCUGGACCAGCAGUACCGCACCCUGAAGAAGCUCUACGAGAACUGUGAGGUUGUCAUGGGCAAUUUGGAGAUUACCAGCAUCGAUCGAAACCGCAACCUGUCCUUCCUGAAGUCUAUCAGGGAGGUGACAGGUUAUGUGCUGGUGGCUCUAAACCAGUUCGACUACCUGCCUCUGGAGAACCUGCGGAUCAUCCGAGGCACCAAGCUGUACGAGGGCCGCUACUCCCUGGCCAUCUUCCUCAACUACCGCCGGGACGGCUACUAUGGCCUGAGGCAGCUGGGCCUACGCAACCUCACAGAGAUCCUGAACGGGGGUGUUUAUGUGGACCAGAAUAAAUACCUGUGCCAUGCGGACACCAUCCAUUGGCGUGACAUUAUCAAGAACCCCCAGGCUGAGUUGCUGGUGGUACCAUCCAACAACAGCAACCUUGGAUGCAGACGCUGUCAUCGCUCCUGCAACGGACGCUGCUGGGGCCAUCAGGAGGACCAGUGUCAAAGCUUGACAAAGACGGUGUGUGCAGAGCAGUGUGACGGUCGAUGCUUCGGGCCUUACGUCAGUGACUGCUGCCACCGCGAGUGCGCUGGAGGCUGCUCUGGCCCCAAGGACACAGACUGCUUCGCUUGCACCAAUUUCAAUGACAGCGGAGCGUGUGUGACCCAGUGCCCUCAGCCCUUUGUGUACAACCCCACAUCUUUUCAGAUGGAGCACAACCCCAGGGCCAAGUACACCUAUGGAGCUUUCUGUGUCAAGAAAUGCCCACAUAACUUUGUGGUGGACCACAGCUCCUGCGUGAGAGCCUGUCCCAGCAACAAGAUGGAAGUGGAGGAGAACCGCAUCAAGAUGUGCACCCCCUGCACCAACAUCUGCCCUAAAGUGUGUGAUGGCAUAGGCACAGGCAGCCUGCAGACAGCUCAAACAGUGGAUGCCAGCAACAUCGAUAAGUUUGUCAAUUGCACCAAAAUCAAUGGGAACCUCAUCUUCCUCAUCACCGGCAUUAAAGGGGACAUGUAUCAUGGCAUUGGACCCCUGGACCCAGAGCGUCUCAAUGUGUUUCGCACUGUGAAAGAGAUCACAGGUUACCUCAACAUCCAGUCUUGGCCCGAGAACAUGACGGAUCUGAGUGUUUUUUCCAACCUGGCAACCAUCGGAGGCAGAUCUCUUUACAGUGGAAGUGGUAUCUCUCUCUUGAUCCUCAAGCAGCGCUGGAUCUCCUCGCUCCAGUUCCAGUCACUGGACGAGAUCAGUGCCGGAAAUGUCUACAUCUUCAACAACAGCCGCUUGUGCUUCUACAACACCGUCAACUGGACAUCGCUGUUCCGGAUGUCCAGCCAGAAAGUCCUCAUCCGCAACAACCGAGACCCCAAGGAGUGCACUGAACAGCGCAUGGUGUGUGAUCGGAUGUGUUCGGACGCCGGGUGCUGGGGCCCGGGACCUGACCAGUGUCUGUCCUGCAGAUAUUUCAGCCGCGGCCGAACGUGUGUUCAGUCCUGCAACCUCUUUGAUGGGGAGGUGCGCGAGUUUGCCAAUGGCUCUGUGUGCCUGGAGUGUGAUAGCCAGUGUGAGAAGAUGGAUGGGAAUACCAUGACUUGCCUUGGCCAGGGCCCAGACCAGUGUGUAAAGUGCCUCCACUUCAAAGACGGGCCCAACUGCGUGGAGAAGUGCCCCGACGGCGUGCAGGGUGCCAAUAGUUUCAUCUUCAAAUACGCCAAGGCCAACAAUGAAUGCCACCCCUGCCAUGCCAACUGCACCCAAGGGUGUGUCGGGCCAAGGCUCCAAGAUUGUAUUGGAAUGAUGGACAGGACACCUCUGAUAGCGGCUGGCAUUAUCGGUGGCCUUUUCGUCAUCGUCAUCGUGGCACUCAGUGUUGCCGUUUAUGUCCGACGCAAGAGCAUCAAGAAAAAGCGAGCCCUGCGCCGCUUCCUAGAGACAGAGCUGGUGGAGCCCCUGACCCCCAGUGGCACGGCCCCUAACCAGGCACAGCUGCGAAUCCUGAAAGAGACAGAACUGAAGAGGGUCAAGAUCCUGGGCUCUGGAGCCUUCGGUACAGUGUACAAGGGCAUUUGGGUGCCAGAGGGUGAGACAGUGAAGAUCCCUGUGGCUAUUAAAAUCCUCAAUGAGACCACCGGACCUAAAGCCAAUGUGGAGUUCAUGGAUGAGGCCCUGAUCAUGGCCAGCAUGGAGCACCCUCAUCUGGUGCGCCUGCUGGGCGUCUGCCUGAGUCCCACCAUCCAGCUUGUCACCCAGCUCAUGCCCCACGGGUGCCUCCUCGACUAUGUGCAUGAGCACAAGGACAACAUCGGAUCACAGCUGCUGCUCAACUGGUGUGUCCAAAUCGCCAAGGGGAUGAUGUACCUGGAGGAGAGGAGGCUGGUCCACAGGGACUUGGCAGCUCGCAACGUGCUGGUGAAAUCACCCAACCACAUCAAGAUUACCGACUUCGGCCUGGCGCGCCUGUUGGACGCUGACGAGAAGGAGUACAAUGCAGACGGGGGAAAGGUUGGUAUGCCUAUUAAAUGGAUGGCUCUGGAGUGCAUCCACUACAGGAAGUUCACCCACCAGAGUGAUGUGUGGAGCUAUGGGGUGACAAUCUGGGAGCUGAUGACGUUUGGAGGCAAGCCGUACGACGGGAUCCCCACACGUGAAAUCCCAGACAUCCUGGAGAAAGGGGAGCGUCUGCCCCAGCCGCCCAUCUGCACCAUAGAUGUCUACAUGGUCAUGGUCAAAUGCUGGAUGAUUGACGCCGACAGCAGGCCUAAGUUCAAGGAGCUGGCUGCCGAGUUCUGCAGAAUGGCCCGUGACCCCCAGCGCUACCUGGUCAUUCAGGGAGACGACCGCAUGAAGCUUCCCAGCCCCAACGACAGUAAAUUCUUCCAGAGUCUUCUGGAUGAGGAGGACCUGGAGGACUUCAUGGAUGCUGAGGAGUACCUGGUGCCUCGUGCUUUCAAUAUGGCUCCUCCGUCCUACACAGCCAGGCCUCGCGUCGACUCUAACAGAAACCAGUUUGGCUAUCGGGACGGUGGUCCAAGCCCCGAGGAGGGCUCCACAGCAGGCGCUCCAGCCUGUGUGGCCCAGGAGGCCACGGGGGGCCAGGGGCCGGCCUUGGAGGACCAACGCUGUAACGGGACGCUGCAUAAGAAGAGCCUCAGCCGAGCUGGGGGGGAAGACAGCGGGGGCCAAAGGUACAGUGCUGACCCCACCAUCUUCCUGGGGGAGAGGGGGCCCAGAGCGGACACAGAUGAGGAUGGGUACAUGACCCCCAUGAAGGACAAGAGCUCCUCAGAAUACCUGAAUCCGAUUGAGGAGAACCCGUUUGUCUCACGACGUAAAAAUGGUGAGAUCCAUGCCUUGGAUAACCCGGGCUACCACAGCACACCCAGCAGUCAGCCCAAAGGAGAGGAUGAGUACAUUAACGAGCCCCUCUACCUCAACACCUUCCACAGUCCCGCUGAGCUUGGCCUGGAAGCCCUGAGAAGAAACGGUCUGCCCCUUCCCACCCAGCCUUCCUCCUCCAUUUCAGCCACAGCCUCAGGCUGCCACCUCCCCCUUACCAUUCAGACCGGGCUGCCCCACUACCCCCUUUCCACGGCCCAGCCCUCUCCGUCUGGCAUGACAUGCCACCACGGCCCGCCGGCACACAUCCUGCACACCCACCACGCUGUCAAACCCGUAGGACAACCUGGCAAUCCAGGUGGCAGCUCUGUCAACCAGAGCCAAACAGGAACUACUGCCCAAGCGUGCCAGCCAGGUGCCCUGUCCGCUGCGGCCCCCCUCGGGCACGGCAGCCUGCCAGCUUACCAGAGCCAUGCCACCACCCACCCUGCCAGCAUGCUGAAGCAUGGAGGGCAGUCAUCAGGCAAAGCCAGUGGGAAGAAGCUGAAGGUGACCUUUGACAAUCCAGAGUACUGGCAGCACAGCUUGCCACCCAAGUCAUCUAGCCAGGCAGCCCCCGACGGCGCCCAGGGAGGCUCCACCAAUGCCAAGCUCUUCUACAAGCAGAACGGCCACAUACGGCCGGCAGUAGCUGAAAACCCAGAGUACCUGUCCGAGUUUUCUCUGAAACCUGGUGCCAUCCUGCCACCUCCGCCCUACCGGCAGCGGAACACCGUGGUCUAG